AUGAUACCUCCUCCUGUUGACCCAGCAUUGCUACAUGAACAUGCCUACCAAGGUACUGGUGACCUUAGCUAUGCAUUAAAUAUUGAAACGUUCACCGAUGAAGGCGGAUACAAACCGCUUUUGAAGUAUGGAUUAGGUUUUUUUAAUUACUAUUUGGCUUUAGAUGACGAAGUGUACGGUAGAUCGUGGUUAGAAAUUUUUCGAUUUCAUCUUUAUGAGCAUUUUGCAAUUUAUUUUUUGAUUUUCCUAGUAGCAUUCUUAGCAUGGUCAUCUAUGGUCGUUGCCCACAUCGGUUCUACCAGUGAUAUAAUAUUCCACAAAAGUAAAGGAUCGCACAAGAAGAGAUCAGAGGAUGGGGACAGUCUGGAUUAUCACCACCUAAAGGUUUGA